CUCCGGGUCUUAUAUGUUGGGGGGAAAGCAGGCGGUUUGUGUUCUGCUCUCGCUUGGCACUUCAACGGAGAGAGACAGGCAGCAAUAAAAAAAAAACACAACAGCAACACAAGCAAGUAGCGUGUUUGUUCUCGUUUCUGGAAUUAGAUUUUUUUCCCCCACUCCUCUCUCCGAGCCUUUUUCACGCACCAGUCGUGGCACUCUAAACGCCUCGCUUUGCACUACGGGAUCUUCGGUAGGUCCUCAAAUGAAAGAUCAACUGCGACUCAAAACUUCAGAAAUAGAAAUGUCUGCGACCAUCAUGUCCGGUUUCUACGACAUCGACAUGCUGUACAAGGACAAGAGUCUGAACAUGAAUGCUCUCCAUCUCAACAGUAUGUUGGACAAAAAAGCGGUAGGGGCGCCGGUCACGGCCUCUGCUCUCGCUAACAACUGCUCGUACGCGCAGGGAUUUUUCCGGCGCAACUCCGCGAGCAACGCUGACUGCACCAACAACGGCAACAAGUACUCUGCCACAUGCUACAGCAACAUGAAAGAGAGCUCGACCAACACCGCCAGCAUGAACAAGGAGAACAAGUUCCGUGAGCGCGCCUACAGUGAGACGGGCGAGCGCAGUCAGCAGCUGCAGGCGUUGCAGCAGAAGCCCGGCUCGCAGAUCAACUCGACCCGCUACAAGACUGAACUUUGCCGACCUUUCGAGGAGAAUGGCGCCUGCAAGUACGGCGAGAAGUGCCAGUUUGCGCACGGCUACCACGAGCUGCGCAGUCUGUCUCGCCACCCCAAGUACAAGACGGAGCCAUGCCGCACCUUCCACACCAUUGGCUUCUGCCCUUACGGCCCGCGCUGCCACUUCAUUCACAACGCUGACGAGCGCAGACCCGCGCCGGCCAACGCCAACACCAGCGUGCCGCAUGAGCUGAAGCAGAGCCGUGAUCUGAUUCAGCAACAGGCUACCGUCGCCGCUUACCGAGACAGACCCAAACUGCACCACAGCCUGAGCUUCUCCGGUUUCUCCACACAUCACGGACUGGACUCGCCUCUCAUUGAAAGCCCCACAUCCCGCACUCCCCCGCCGACAUCUUCCUCCGACACAUCCCGGUCCAGCGGGCCCUUUUUCGAAGACGUUUUAGCGCCGAGCGCUAAUGGCGCCUUCUCCUCGUUCACCGCUGCGCAGGACCUGAAGGCGCUGCUCGCCCCCCUCGCCGUGCACGCACAUGGCGGCUACCAGUCCACCCCCGCUUACUACAGCAACUUCCAGACCGCCGUGGGACCCCCUUCCCCACCCUACAGCCUCGGGCCCUUGCAGCGCCUGUCCGAGUCUCCGGUCUUCGACUCGCCCCCCAGCCCAUAUGACUCCAUGUCGGACCGGGAAAGCUACGCCAGCGGCUCGCACAGCUCUUCAGGAAGUCUCAGCGGCUCCGAGUCUCCCAGCUUGGAGGCCGGGAGACGUUUGCCAAUCUUCAGCAGGCUGUCGAUUUCUGAUGAUUAAUAAGUUAGCGUGCUUGUUUUCGUUAUGUUUUGCGUUUGUAUGGGAUUUGCCCCGUUCUUUAUUUCUGUAACGGACUUGGAGGACUUCCUAAAGUUAACCGUUAUUAAAAUGGCGGCUCGUAAGCGACGUGUAACUAGAUGGACUUUAAAGAAACAACCAGGGGCAGGUUGACUCGUCAGACCCUUGGUGUGGCAUUAGAGUUUUACUUUGUCCUUUUUUUCCUUCUCUUUUCUGCUCGAACCGAUAGCUAUGAAAGUAGAUAUCGACCGAAGGCAUUCCACCGGUGACUUUGACCAGCAUACAGUCGCAGUGUUUUGGCUUAUGAGACCAUCACACUUUCCGGAGACAUGGUUUUUUGUGCACAAAACAUUUGAACGCGAAAGACGGGAGAGAUUUGAGAUGGUUUUUUUCCCCCCUCCAUCCUACCAAGAAUAUGCCUUGACUUUAAAAAAAACAAAACAAAAACAAGUAUCAGUUCGCAAAGUAGCCUAUGUAUGCGCUUCUGAAAGCUUACAAAAAAACAAACUUCCAUUCCAAAAGUUGAGAGAGUUUGUCUGUCACAGCGCCACCCAGUGGUUCGGUUGGGGUAGUUUAGUGUUGUUGCUUAGCUGAAGCACUCUUGUUCGGUCUGUUGGGAAAAUCACUGCUGAUGGUUGAAUUAUAUAUAUAUUUUUUUAGCUGUUUUGAGCGAUUACAUAGCAGUACAUAACUGGCUAUGACCUAUUUAACUUAUUUAUUAUCUUGUGAAAAGUAUAGGCUACAUUGGUAAUUGUGUCCAUACUGUAUUUAUCAAGUAUGUUGAAGCAAUAGAUCUAUAUUCUUUUAUUAUGUUUAAAUUAUGAUCGCCAUUAUUAAUCUACAUAAAGUGGAGUGUAUGUUCUUUUUCACAGUAAUAUAUUUUUGUUUGGUCUUCUUUUUGUAACUUCACUUUGUUAUUUUAUUGUAAAUGAGUAAAAAAACAACCUUAAUUUAAGAGAUUGUAUGUGAUAUUUAUUUCAUUCAUUUUGUUUCCUUGUUUACGUACAUUUAAAACAAAUUGCUUGAUUUGCCGUUUGUUGGGAUGUUGUGGAAGACGUUUUUUUUCCCGCAACUUUUUUUUUUUUAAUCGAAAAAUCCCUAGAUGUGUACCAUUUUAGCUAUGUCUAUAGAAUGUAUAAACCAUGUGGUUGUCAAAACACCGUCCAAACGAGUAGUGAUCAUUCUUUAAGAAGUCAGACUUGUGUGACAAUGAUCCCAAGUGAAUAAAUUUAACCAAAAAGUAUUUUUUAACAUUUUUUUUUUCCUCUUUUCCUUUCGUUGUAAUGCACAGAGCCAGGCGCGGACUCCUGCCACGUGCUUUGAGAAUGUAGCAAUCCCAAGCCCCAGUAUUACUACCUUAGUGCCUAAGGGGUCCACCACCAUACAUGCCUUAUUAUUAACCAAAUAAAGUAUUUUGAUACAAGUCAUUGUUUUACACAUACAGAAGCUGAAUGUAGGUUUGAAUUUGAACUCUUUGGAAGGUUGUUACCACUUGUUAAAAAGAGGGGCCUUGGAGCAACCAGCAAGGAUUUUUCCCCCCCUCAUGUUUCAUUAAAACUCCCCAUUCCUGUAGACUUUAGUUUGAUUCUUUGUUCUUUCAGUUGCCUUUUGAUAUAGUAUUGGUCAGAGGGUUCUAAACUUGCUGGAUAGAGAAGAGGUUGAACACAUUUUGCAUGUACAUAGUAGGUACAGGGGCUGGGCACUAUGUACUUUUUCUUGACUACUUUAUCAGAAGUAAAGCUUUUUGAAUGUAACUUAAAAA